AUGAAUACACAGUACAUAGCUUUUGCUUGUGUGAUUUCAGUUGCAUUAGCAAAUUACACUGUUUUUUCUGAUGGAACAUUUAAGAAUAAUUGGUAUGAAAAAGGAUCAACUUGCUUUGCCUCACAAACAGGGAAAUAUGAUGGAAGAUAUAUUCUUUAUACACAAAUGGCUGCUAACUCUUUUUUAAAUCUUCAUGGAGAUAAACCUAUUAUAGCUAAAAACUAUAAAUAUUUAACUUUUGCUUUGAAUUGGGAAGAUCAGUUUUGUAAUUUAAGAAUAACUAUUGAAUUAGGCUCUCAUUGGCUUAAAAAUCUUGAAUUUCAACCAGAAGUUCUCGAACCUCAAAAAUGGAAUAGAGUAGUUGUUGACAUUACAUCUCUUGGAGAGACAGAUGUUGAUACAAUUAAAAUCACUAAAAACGAUCAGAAAGAUACUAAUGUGAUGUUUAAUGACUUUAUCUUUACUAAUGACGAACCUGAGGGUGGUAUUUUUAGUUAUGAGCAAUUGAGUUCUAGCGUCCAAUUAGAUGAUUCAGAGGUUGAUGGUUCAAUGUCAGUCUUUAUUCUUUUAUUAGGAAUAGUGUUUCUUUUCCUUUAA